CAAUUUGAAUUUUUUUCUCUCAAUGUCUACGCAUGAAAAAAUUUCACUCCUCGCCACUGGUGAUAACCUACCUAUCAUACGAGAUAGAAGUAAAUGCGUAUUUACUUUUUAAAACUAGUUAAUUGUCAAUGGUGCAGAAAAAGGUAACAGGAAAAGAUGAUUACAGAAAUCCGAAAUCUGAUAUUGUUAUCAUCCAGUGUGAAAAUUAAUAAGCAAGGCCAAUUUUUUAGAAAUGUAUCUUAUGUUCAAGGUCAAGAACCAGAACCCAAAAUUAGAGAAUACUUUUAUUACAUUGAUCAUCAAGGAAUGUUAUUUUUAGAUGAUGCCCGGAUGAAGAAUUUCACAUCCUGUUUUAAGGAAAAAAAAUUUUUAAGAUUCUUCUUUAAUUGUUUAACAAUUAAUACUACAGGACGUUACAAAGAAUUUCCUUAUAUUUCUCUCUGUGGAAAAGAACGGAAUUUUGUUAAGUGUGACGACUACCCGUUUGUAUUUACACAUGUUUUAAACAAAGAAGAUCAAGAAGAAUUAAGAUUAGCUUAUAAUCACGCCGGAGAUUUUUUAACAUUAACAUUUCAACCAGAAAAAAUUUUCAUGUUGCCAGAAACUGGCAGAGUAUAUCAUCCAGCACCUGACAGAGCCGGAUCCAUUGGCCUAAUAAGGUCCAAGUUAGCUAUAGAAUUUAGCAAAUACUUUUUGUUUGAUGAAGGGGAAUUUAGUCCACCAACCCAAUUUAUAUAUGAAAACAAAACUUAUAACUUAGACAGACACUGGUAUCAUAAUGUAAUAAAGACUAAGCCAAUUCAAACAAUUGGCAUAUAAGUACUUUCUUUAAUAGUUAUUUUAAAUACAAAUAUAAAACAGUAUAGCAAAAUUAGAAUGCCUAAUGACUUCAGAAAGCACUGACAUAGUCCGGAUUCUGUCUAUAAUGAUUUAUGAAGGUAUAAAUAAAAUCUCCAACAAUUUUUCUGAAAGAUCAAGGGUAGUCUGAUAUUUCAUCUGGAAACUAAUUUUUAAUAGUAUUAAGUUUGUGGCUAGUUAUCUUUGCAUAUUUUUUAUUUUUUGUUCUUAUAGUUUUUCUUGAUAAAAUGUUAAAUUAAUAAAGCAAAUAGAAAUUUUA